GUGCGGGCGGUGUCGGGGCGAGCGGCCGCCAUGGCCACCGGAGCGGCGGUGGCGCUGCCCCCGGUGCUGUUGCUGCUGGCGGCGAUCGCCGCCUGCCCUGCCGCCGCUUGGGAUCUAUGGGCACUGCGCUGCGGCUUCUCAGCGGACUGCGAGUGCAGCUUCGGGGCCGACCUGCGCGGUCUGGAGUGUGACUUGGCCACGAAGCUGGUGGGGCAGCCCCUGGUGAGGCAGCAGGUGAUGAAAGGAGUGAGUGAGUUCCUGGAGAAACGGAAUCCAGAGAAACCGCUCGUGAUGUCCUUCCAUGGCUCAACUGGAACAGGCAAAACCUACGUGAGCUCCAUGCUCAUCCGUUACCUCUUCCAAGGUGGACUCCAGAGCCCCUAUGUUCAUCAGUUCUCACCAAUAGUGCACUUCCCCCAUGCUGAGCAAAUAGAGCAGUACAAGGCAAGUCUGAAGAGCUGGAUCCAAGGGAACUUGACCAAGUGUGGACGGUCAGCCUUUCUCUUUGAUGAAAUGGAUAAGAUGCACCCUGGGCUGAUCGAUGUGAUCAUACCAUUCCUGGGAUCCUCGUGGGUUGUGUAUGGGACAAACUACCGCAAAGCAAUCUUCAUCUUCAUAAGCAAUGCAGGAGGGGAGCAGAUCAACAAAAUGACGCUGGGUCUCCGGCAUGCUCACAAAGACCGAGAGGAGAUCAGCCUUCAGGACCUGGAGCCAGCCAUCUCUAAAGCCGUGUUUGAAAACCCUCAGAGUGGAUUCUGGAAAUCCAGGAUCAUUAAUGAACAUCUCAUAGAUUUUGUUGUGCCCUUCCUCCCACUGAAGCGCCACCACGUAAAGCAGUGCGUUGUCAGCGAACUUGUCCUGCAAGGCCUGGAAGUACGCACAGCUGUUGUCGAGGAGGUAGCUGACAGCAUCCCCUACUUUCCAGAAGAAGAGAAACUAUUCUCAUCAACAGGCUGCAAAACAGUGGCGUCUCGGAUCAGUUUUUUCUUCUAGUCAUUGGCAAGGCCCUUGUUCAGAUCCACAGGGGACAUACAGGAAGCUGUAAAGUGGCAGAGCCCAGGGCUAGCCCCAUAAGCAGCAGGUGCUGUGUGUUCCUUCUCAGCAGCACAAGUACUCUCCUCCUGAACUUGUCUCUCCAAGCCCAAGGAGGCCACUGCAGGAUGCAGCCGCAGGACCAAGUGAUGUGAUUUAAAGCACUUCAGUGAUGUACCCUUGGCCAGGUGAGGGUGGAUAUGACCAGUUUGGCACAACACCCAGGAUAUCUCUGACAAUGAGGGAAAGAUGCCAAGAGGGCCGACUGUGUCAGGAAGGUUUCUCACCCACUUGGAGCUCUUCUCUCUUCUGGCAGCUAUUGAUACUCAACACAUCAGGAUUCUGAGCCCACAAAAGAAUGUUCUUUUUCCUCCGGCAUUUUAACAGUUUUUAGAAACCUUUAUGUGUGGCUGCAGCUUGGCCCCUUUGUACAGCAUGAUGGUGCUGCUGUGGACUCCUGCGGUGCUGGCCUAUGGAUACCACUGCAGAAGAGGUUAUUUUUCCAAGGAAAUUUUAGAACAGGUGGUGCUGUAGGUGAAUAGGUUGGUAAAGACCAACUUCACCAUCAGCAAGUGAUGGUGAUGGGGGAAUGUUACAACAUUUGAUCUGCCAAGGUUCUUCCUACCACCCCCUUGUUUAUCUUUCUUCUAAGGUCCAAAGGAUUUCCCUGCAGCAAACCAGAAAACCAACAAAAAGACUUCCUUGUUUUACCAGCUGUGAAAAAUAUCAGUCCUACCUCCAGGGGAGCCCAUGGUGCCACUAACAGUUUUGAAAAUUCCUUUUUUUCAGUGCUGAAUUGUAGAGCAGGCUAAGAGUAGAUGCUGGGAGACGCUGAGCCUCUUUACGUUGCUGUCUGUCAGACCUUGCAGGUUUUGGCUGGGCCAGUGUCCAUUCAGCUUCUGGGGAGCAUCACAACAGGGGACCAAGAGACAACCUAAGAGUUAGUGCUCCGCAGGCUCCCAAGCAUGGAGUUGAACAGCACCGCUGGCCUUUGCCCAGGUUUUAAUCUCCUCUGUGUAGUCAGUUAUGGGAGAACAGAGGAACCAGAACUGUUCACCUUCUAGGAACAAACUGCCCAAGGGAUGGGGGCAGGCAUGCUUCACUCGGGCCAUAUACUGAAAAGAGCUGCCAGAGCUUGGGACCAUUCCAGGUCCAGGGACACAGCUGUGGUGACAGCAAUUUUAGAUACCGCCCAACUGCUGCCUGAGAGCUGGCACAAAAAUUCUGCCUCUACAAAAAAGGUUAUGAAUUUCUAAUUCUAAAAUAGAACUUCUGUGAAAUAAACAGUUGGAGAACAGUCUCUUACUCGGAUUCUUGACUGCAGCUAGUACAGAAGGGCUUGAAAGGUUUGCCCUCGCUGGCUGAUGCGAUGGUAUUUUGGGGAUUUUGCAGCACAGUGCUGAUGCUCUCUAACUAGGUAACUGGAAACAAGACAGUAGCCUUUUCCUGGGGAUGAGAUAAAAUGACAGUAGCUCUGCCAGAAAGUCCUCCACAGAUGAGCCAGUGUAGGGCUGUCCCUCAGAGACUCCCUGUGUCCUCAGGCACUGCUUCCUUUCUGUCAUCCUCUACUGUCAGCAGCAGCCUGGGGACAAGUGGCAGUGCUACAGGCCUGCAGUAAUCCC